AUGAAACUGCUUGACAUCUGUGAUGGACUUCGGAUUCUAGCGACCGGGUCUGAUCAGAAGAGGUUGUUGCCAUUGCAUCGAGUCUCCUCGGUUCCACUGCAUUCUCCUCUCAGUCGGAGGUGUGACGGCGUGGUGGUGCGAGACAUGUCCCCUGGACAAAAUCCACAACAACAGUACGGAAACAAUAGUUAUAAUAACAGUAUGGCACAAAACGGACAAGCACCACCAUCCAGAAAUAUGUUCCAGCAAUAUAGUUCAGGACGACCAUCAGCAGGAAACAACAACAUGUUCAGCGGUGGUAUGCGGAUGAGCGGUGUCGAUUCUCGAACGUCGUAUGCGGCGCCACCAAGAGAUGACACGCCACUGCAAGAUGGAACACCGCUAAGUUCGACGAACCUUUAUAUACGUGGCCUUAGUCCAAGCACAACUGAUGAAGACCUGCGAAAAAUGUGCGCUCAGUACGGAACGAUUACAUCUACAAAGGCAAUAAUGGAUAAAGCUCUAAAUCAGUGCAAAGGGUAUGGUUUCGUCGAUUUCGAAAGUCGUGAAGCCGCUUCACGAGCAGUGGAAAUGCUCACCAAAAAUGGAAUUCAAGCGCAGAUGGCGAAGCAGCAAGAACAAGAUCCAACGAACCUCUAUAUUGCGAAUCUACCGUCAAAUUUCAACGAACAAAUGCUUGAGAACGCGCUUAGCCCAUAUGGAAUGGUGAUAUCGACGAGGAUUCUACGGAAUGCUGACGGGAAUUCCCGUGGUGAAAAGUGCGAAGAGAUCAUUGCCGCGUUGAAUGGCAAGCUGAUCGAAGGCAUGGAUCCAAAUGCAACGCCGCUACUAGUGAAGCAAGCCGACACUGGCAGGAAGAACACUCGUAAAAGAAGCGAUAUGGGAUUCGAGUUGGGGAUCUAUCCGAGUCAGCCUUUCACAAUGACCGCACCGCACGACUACAUGAGAAACAUGGGUGGAAUGCCACAGAUGUAUCCAACACCAUACGUAAACUACAGCAUGGGCUAUCCACAGCAGGUCACAGGAUACACACCCUAUGAUGUGAACGCGAUGACUAGCCAAAUGGGUGGAAUGCAAAUAGGAGGAGGAGCUCCGCCGUCAGCUCAGGAUAACGGUGGAUUGUACAUGCUCCCGCAACAGGGAUACUAUGUGAAUAGAAAGCAAUAUAAUGGAGCAGGCCAGUACGAUGUAAUGCAAGGCCCAUCUGGCAAUGGAAAUGGUCAGAUGACAGCUAUGGGACACGUGGGACAAUACGCUCAACCAUGUGACGAGGACCCGUACAGAAAGAUGAACGGCGGUCAGGGACAGCUCCAGUAA